AUGAGUGAGCCUUGGAAGGGUCUGAUGCCGCCUGGUCGGGAGCUCUGUACUGGACUGGUCUGUGUUCCUUUGGUUCUGUUAGACAUGGAGGGUCGUCGUCGUCGUCGUCGCUGUGUGCUUUCCGCAGCUCGUCCCUACAUGCUGAUAUUUUCCGUGUUCGCGCUGACGCCGCCGCCCAACUUCUUCGACAGGACCACGAAUCAGCGUCUGAGGCGGUACUCGAUAGUGGGCUAUGGAUUUUAUUCGCUCUUUAUCCUUGGCAUUCUCAUAUGCAUGUCCUAUGUGAGUGUGCUGGCCCUGAACGAGGAAAUCGAACAGUACAGGCUGGAAGAUUUCACCAGGGCCAUGGGCAGAGUGCAGAAGAUUGUGCUGAUCAUCAUGGGCAUUGUGAACCAACUGAAUAUGCUCCUGAACUACCGUCGACUGGGCCACAUCUACGAGGAUAUGGCAGACCUGGAAAUGGAGAUAGACGAUGCCUCCCAGUGCUUUGGCGGGCAGCCGGGGCGCAACAGUUUUCGGUACCGUUUGGCCAUCAGCUGCGGCCUGUGGCUGGUCCUGCUGGUGGGCUUGAUGCCCCGAAUGACGCUUCAGGCCAUGGGCCCAUGGGUGACCUUUCCCAAUAAUAUUCUCUCCGAGCUCAUUCUAAUAAUGUUGCAGCUCAAGUGCUUGGAGUAUUGCGUGUUUGUGGUGAUGGUCUAUGAGCUGGUGCUCCGCCUGCGCCACACUCUGCGGCAGCUGCAGUCAGAGCUGGCCGACUGCAAUCAGAGCGACAUGCUGCAGGCCCUGUGCGUGGCUUUGCGACGCAAUCAGCAGCUGCUCGGCCGUGUCUGGCGACUGGUGGGUGAACUGGAGCGAUACUUCACGCUGCCCAUGAUGUUUCUGUUCCUGUUCAACGGUGUCACCAUCCUGCACGUACUUAACUGGGCUUACAUCAACCAAUUCAAUCCGGAUGAUUGUUGUCGCUAUGUGAGAAUCGGCAACUGUUUGCUGCUGCUGAUCAAUCCUCUGGUGGCGUGCUUUCUCAGCCAGCGUUGCAUCAAUGCCUACAAUAGCUUUCCACGCACCCUCCAUCGGAUGCGUUGCCUGUCUGUGGCAAACAACUUUCCCAUACUAUCCAUGGGCCUGCGGGAAUACUGCCUGCAGCUGCAACACCUCCGACUGCUCUUUACCUGUGGCGGCUUCUUCGACAUCAAUUUGCAGAACUUUGGAGGGCUGGUUGUCACCAUUCUGGGCUAUACAAUAAUUCUUGUGCAAUUCAAAUUUCAGGCCGUUGCGGAGGAAAACGUUCGUAACGGCAGCAAAAGCUCUGCACCUUGA